GUCAGUCCUUGGCCUGAAAGAGCUGGGCAUUGGGCAAUGGAAGCCCCCACCCACGUGCCACCCCUGCCUCCAGGAGGAAAGAAACUGAUCUAGGGUCUGUGCCAGGCUGGUUCCCAGGCCCGACCACAACCCAGUCGGAUGCCCCACCUGGGAGCGAGGCUGCUGCACAGGCUGGGAGGCCUGCUCAUGAGCUCCGCACUGCUGGCCAGGGAGCUGUUCCGACUCCUGCUCGCCGCCCGGCAGGCACCACUUCCUGGUGAUAUGGCCAGAUCCUAUGGUUUAACAGAUGAAAAAGUGAAGGCAUAUCUUUCUCUUCACCCCCAGGUAUUAGACGAAUUUGUAUCUGAGAGUGUUAGCGCAGAGACUGUAGAGAAAUGGCUGAAGAGGAAAACCAGCAAAUCAGAAGAUGAAUCGGCUCCUAAGGAAGUCAGCAGGUACCAAGAUACGAACAUGCAGGGGGUUGUGUACGAACUGAACAGCUACAUAGAACAGCGGCUGGACACAGGCGGGGACAACCACCUGCUCCUCUACGAGCUGAGCAGCAUCAUCAAAAUAGCCACAAAAGCUGAUGGGUUCGCACUGUACUUCCUCGGAGAGUGCAAUAAUAGCCUGUGUGUGUUCACACCGCCUGGAAUACAGGAGGGGAAGCCCCAGCUCAUCCCGGCCGGGCCAAUUACCCAGGGCACCACCAUCUCUGCUUACGUGGCAAAGUCCAGGAAAACACUGUUGGUGGACGACAUCCUUGGGGAUGAACGGUUCCCAAGAGGUACUGGACUGGAAUCAGGGACUCGUAUCCAGUCUGUUCUUUGCUUGCCAAUUGUCACUGCCAUCGGAGACUUGAUCGGGAUUCUAGAGCUGUACAGGCACUGGGGCAAGGAAGCCUUCUGUCUCAGUCACCAGGAGGUUGCAACAGCAAAUCUUGCCUGGGCUUCGGUCGCAAUCCACCAAGUGCAGGUGUGCAGAGGUCUUGCCAAACAGACUGAACUGAACGACUUUCUACUCGACGUAUCAAAAACAUAUUUUGAUAACAUAGUUGCAAUAGAUUCUCUACUUGAACAUAUAAUGAUAUAUGCAAAAAACCUGGUGAAUGCCGAUCGUUGUGCACUCUUCCAGGUAGACCAUAAGAACAAGGAGUUAUAUUCAGACCUUUUUGAUAUUGGAGAGGAAAAGGAAGGAAAACCUGUCUUCAAGAAGACCAAAGAGAUAAGAUUUUCUAUUGAGAAAGGAAUUGCUGGUCAGGUAGCAAGAACAGGUGAAGUGCUGAACAUCCCAGAUGCCUACGCAGACCCACGCUUCAACAGGGAAGUGGACCUGUACACGGGCUACACCACCCGGAACAUCCUGUGCAUGCCCAUCGUGAGCCGAGGAAGUGUGAUAGGCGUGGUGCAGAUGGUGAACAAGAUCAGCGGCAGUGCCUUCUCUAAAACGGAUGAGAACAACUUCAAGAUGUUUGCUGUCUUCUGCGCCCUGGCCUUACACUGUGCUAAUAUGUACCACAGGAUCCGUCACUCAGAGUGCAUCUACCGCGUGACCAUGGAGAAGCUGUCCUACCACAGCAUCUGCACCGCCGAGGAGUGGCAAGGGCUCAUGCACUCCACCCUCCCUGCCCGGCUCUGCAAAGAAAUCGAAUUAUUCCACUUUGACAUUGGUCCUUUUGAAAACAUGUGGCCUGGGAUUUUUGUCCACAUGGUCCAUCGGUCCUGCGGAACGUCCUGCUUCGACCUUGAGAAGCUGUGCCGCUUCAUCAUGUCUGUGAAGAAGAACUACCGGCGGGUCCCGUACCACAACUGGAAGCACGCAGUCACCGUGGCCCACUGCAUGUACUCCAUCCUGCAGACCAGCCGCGAGCUCUUCACCGACCUGGAGCGUAAAGGGCUGCUCAUCGCCUGUCUGUGCCACGACCUGGACCACCGGGGCUUCAGCAACAGCUACCUGCAGAAGUUCGACCACCCGCUGGCUGCGCUCUACUCCACGUCCACCAUGGAGCAGCACCACUUCUCCCAGACCGUGUCCAUCCUGCAGCUGGAAGGGCACAAUAUCUUCUCCGCCCUGAGCUCCAGUGAGUACGAGCAGGUGCUUGAGAUCAUCCGCAAAGCCAUCAUCGCUACGGACCUCGCUUUGUACUUCGGGAACAGGAAGCAGUUGGAGGAGAUGUACCAGGCCGGAUCCCUGAACCUGAACAACCAAUCACAUAGAGACCGUGUCAUUGGCCUGAUGAUGACCGCCUGCGACCUGUGCUCUGUGACAAAGUUGUGGCCAGUUACAAAACUGACGGCCAAUGAUAUAUACGCGGAAUUCUGGGCUGAGGGUGACGAAAUGAAGAAGCUGGGAAUCCAGCCCAUCCCCAUGAUGGACAGAGACAAGAAGGAUGAAGUCCCGCAAGGCCAGCUCGGGUUCUACAACGCCGUAGCCAUCCCCUGCUACACCACCCUGACCCAGAUCCUGCCUCCCACCGAGCCGCUCCUUAAAGCAUGCAGGGAUAACCUUAAUCAAUGGGAGAAGGUGAUCCGAGGGGAGGCGAGUGCGGACUGGAUCUCAGCCCCGGCCGCGGCCCCGGAGGUCUCCGAGAAGCUGCCUGUGAAGAUCGAUGACUGACGGCCGGACCAGCCAUCUGCCCGCAGAGUCUCAUCUUGCUUCUUUGACUUUUUAAUUUUAUUUUUUUGGGGGGGAAAUCUACAUCUGGUAACUGGGGUGCAAACCUCUUCAAGAAGGCAACAUCCAGUAAAUCUGCCAGCAGGUGGCUUCCUGCAGGUCUCGUCCCUAACGUGUCACCGUGACCACGAGGACCUCCUUGUGCUGAUCCAGCCGCAGGCCUUGUGAUGCCAUCGACUUGUGGACCCACCUUUUUAAUAGGCUGUUUGCCGAGACCUCCCUGGGAAUGGACAGAAAUUAUGCAGGAAAGGGAUAUUUCGCCGUGGCAUCUUUCUGGUGAGGGUCUCAGAGGUACUGUUUCGCCCCGGACUUGAUGUGACACCAGUGUCAUUCUGGCACUCUUGGUCACGAGCAGGAACUUUGAUGUCCGCCGUUCCCGCCUGCAGCUCUGGGCAGUGCCACGGAGGGUGGGGCAGGAGGGACGGGCAGCGUCCUGCGUUUGGAGAGGUGGGCCCAGACCUUCACCCGCAGGGCUGGGAAGAGCAGGUUAGCAGUGGGGCCCGCCCCGAGCAGAGCUGCAGGGACACAGCGAAUUACAGGGCGGCGAGUAGCGCAGGAGACGGCAGCGAGUCGGUUCAAACUUCUUUCUUCAUUGUAGUCUUGGCUAGCUUACCCCUUUGAACAAGCAAAAGCAAGGUACACACAUUUUUUUUAAAGGUCAACUCUUACAGACAUAAAAUGUGAAUUUUAAAUAAUGGUUCCUUUAUACUUUCACUUUGUGUCAUUGCAAAAAUUAUAGACUCACAUUCAAAA